AUGGCUCCUAAACUGGCGCACGUCAACAUGAUGACCGACACUAUUGUCGCGAACCUCCCUCCGGAAGCACUGCGCUCCAUCGUUCGAUCUCUACUAGCAUCGCAACCGGGAUUCACAAAAGUAUUUGAAGAAAACACAAGAGCCUAUCUUCAGUCUACAUCGCUUGGUGGUUUGGAGCAUAUCUCGCGAGAAAGCCUCAGCGCCGCACAGACGCGAAUCCGAUGCAUGCUAGGCUGCGGCAUGUGCUAUGAGAGCUUGCCUGUGCUCGGUUCUAUUGUCGAGCAUGCAAAAGGUGCUGGUGAUCAGGGAGAUUUUAUUCAAUCAAUUGAUGCAGAUAUUGUGCAAGCAGCCACGGCAGUGCAAAAAUCUCUGCCUGGGUCGACGGACGAGAAAGCUGUCCUGGAUAAAUUUUACGACGCUCUCACAGCUUCUCACAGUCAAUACUCUUCAAUAAACCAGGACUUUCCAUUCGAGAGAGGAUUAAUGGCUGUAGCAAACCUCCUUGGUCAUUCUGCGCCGAUUCUUCAGACGAAUAGUUUCACAUCAAAUGCACGCCCAGAUCUUCCACCAGCAGAAACAUUCCAGCUGGGCAGCCGUCACCUGCCACGGAUUUUUUCUGGUCUGUGGCAACUAUCAAGCCCGGCAUGGGGUGCAGCACCAAUAUCCAAGAUUCUACAACAGUUUACACAAUACACACAAAGCGGGCUCACUGCUUUUGACAUGGCUGACCACUACGGCGAUGCUGAAAUUAUCUUCGGCCGUUUUCGAUCUUCGUAUCCCCAUAGCAGCUCUCUCUUCGCAGCAACAAAGUACUGCGUCUUCCAGCCCAUGACUGUUUCGCCGGAUGCAGUCCAGGCCAACAUCGCUGAGCGAUGCCAGCGUCUACAGGUGGACCAAAUCGACUUGUUACAAUUUCACUGGCAGUUUUACGAUGAUCCACAGUAUAUCAAUGCGCUGAAAUACCUCCAGCAAGACGAGCGAGUAGGAAUGCUAGGUCUCUGUAAUUUCGACACAGAGCACAUGCAGCGUGUUAUUGACAGCGGUGUUACUAUACAUUCCAACCAGGUUCAGUUUUCUUUGAUUGACUCGCGCCCCGUCGUCAAAAUGGGCACAGUGUGUGAGAAACACAACGUCAAGUUGCUGACUUACGGCACACUAUGUGGCGGAUUCCUGGCCGAAAAGUGGCUCGGAAAAGCAGAACCAGGGCUCUAUGAUAGUGAAAUCACACCCAGCCAGAGAAAGUACUUCUCUAUGAUUCAAAGCUGGGGCAACUGGUCUCUCUUCCAAGAACUACUACAAACCCUGCAGUCCAUCGGAACCAAGCACAACGUCUCCAUAUCAAACGUUGCAACCCGCUGGGUCCUCGACUUUGUGUAUGUAGGUGCAGUUAUUGUCGGAGCACGCAUGGGAGUCAGCGAGCAUGUAGACGAGAACAGAGCGAGCUUUGGCUGGUCUAUGGACAAGGCUGACCAGGAGGCGAUCGAAGUCGUGCUUGGACGCAGUCGGCGGUUGGAGAUGUUUGAGGUGAUGGGAGAUUGUGGUGGGGAGUAUCGGUGA